UAUAACGUGGAACUUGGAUUGUCUAUUUAGAAUUAUUUACUCUUACAAAUUUGAUUUCUUUUGACUUGCUAAAAAGAACGGUUCGGCUUUACCUUUUUUUGUUAUUUGUAGGUUAAAAGUUAUUCGUUAAAAUAUCGUAUGUAUAUUUACUACUUGCUUUUUGAACAUGCUUUGUAACUAUUGUUACUGACUGUGCAAAUUAAAUAAAAGGAAAAAAAGGUUAUGAGUGUCUCCAAAAUAUCAUAAGCAUUGACGUUUGCGUACAUGCAUCAUCUAUAUAUAGAUAUGUCAUUCACUCUUCAUCGCCUAUGCUUUUGCAUAUCUCUUUUCUCUCUUCUUCAGUUUCUCCUCUCAAAAUGAAAAGCUUCGACACGAGCUCAGUGGUUGAAUCCGGUGCUGGCGCCGGGAAUAACGUCGACGAUGAUUGUCGGGAGAAGAGAACGGGGACCUUGAUAACGGCGAGUGCCCACAUAAUCACGACAGUGAUAGGUUCUGGAGUCUUGUCGUUGGCUUGGGCUAUAGCACAACUUGGUUGGGUGGUAGGACCAGUGAUUUUGGUAGCCUUUGCCGUCAUAGUUAAUUACACAUCCAGAAUGCUCGCCGACAGUUAUCGAUCCCCGGAGGGAACACGCAACUAUACUUACAUGGACGUCGUCCGAGUCUACCUUGGUGGUAGGAAAGUGCAGCUGUGUGGACUAGCACAGUUCGGGAGUCUCGUAGGGGUUACUAUUGGUUACACCAUCACUGCCUCCAUAAGCUUAGUGGCGAUUGGGAAAGCAAAUUGUUUUCAUGACAAGGGACAUGGUGCGAAAUGUUCCGUAUCAAAUUAUCCACUCAUGGCGGCGUUUGGAAUCGUCCAGAUUUUUCUUAGUCAGAUUCCUAAUUUUCACAAGCUCUCUUUUCUCUCCAUUAUCGCCACCGUUAUGUCCUUCUCUUAUGCAUCUAUCGGUUUUGGCUUAGCCUUGGCCGCUCUGGCAAGUGGGAAGGUUGGUAAGACGGGACUGACAGGCACGGUGGUUGGAGUGGAUGUAACUGCGUCUGACAAAUUAUGGAAGUCAUUUCAAGCGGCUGGAAACAUUGCCUUUUCAUACGCUUAUUCCGUUGUUCUCGUUGAGAUUCAGGACACACUGAGAUCAAGCCCACCAGAGAACAAAGUCAUGAAAAAAGCAAGCCUUGCUGCAGUCUCAACUACAACUGCUUUCUACAUCUUAUGUGGCUGCAUCGGAUAUGCUACAUUUGGAAACCAAGCCCCCGGAGACUUCCUUACUGACUUUGGUUUUUAUGAACCUUACUGGCUCAUCGAUUUUGCUAAUGCUUGCAUCGCUGUCCACCUUAUCGGAGCUUAUCAGGUGUUUGCACAACCAAUAUUCCAGUUUGUUGAGAAGAAAUGCAAUCAGGCGUGGCCAGAAAGCAACUUCAUCACCAAAGAACAUUCGAUGAACAUACCGUUGCUUGGAAAAUGUCGCAUUAACUUCUUCAGACUGGUGUGGAGGACAACCUAUGUGAUUUUCUCAACAGUUGUAGCAAUGAUAUUUCCCUUCUUCAACGCUAUCUUGGGCCUUAUUGGGGCAGUCGCAUUCUGGCCGCUAACAGUUUACUUCCCGGUGGAGAUGCACAUCUCGCAGAAAAAGGUUAAGAAGUAUUCUGUGAGAUGGAUAGUAUUGAAACUCCUUGUUUUGGUUUGUUUAAUUGUUUCGCUCCUAGCUGCCAUAGGAUCCAUCGUUGGCUUGAUAAGUAGUGUCAAGGCAUACAAGCCUUUCCACAAUUUAGAUUAGUUACUUGUAACCUAAGCUAUCUGAAUACAUAGUUAAUAAUGAGUUAUGUUAGCAAUGAGUUUAUGGAUGAACCGAUAUAUAGUACUUAUUUCUGAAAAAAAGGUUAUAUAGUACUUCAUUUUACGAUCACAUUUAGGACUACAAAGAAAUUUAAUUAGUGAAAAAAAAUUGAUCGUACAGGCGGUCGUUUUUCACCUUUGGAAACAGAGGAACAAUUUAAUCCACAACAACGUCUCUGUGCCUCCUUCAAUUGUUUUCAAAGCCAUUGAUAGGGAGCUGAGGAACAUCAUCUCCUCUAGGAGAACCAUCAAGCAAUUCAAACGACUGAUGGUAUUGUGGAUUCGUUAAGCUGCUGUGGUUAAAGCUUUCCAAUGGUUUGGAUGUUGUUGGUUCAUCUUGUUUUUAUUCUUUUUGCCAAGAUGUAUCAAAACUAAGAUCUUGCCUUUGUAAAAUAUUUUCUUCAUUUAUAUGAUAUUUACAAUUUAGCAAAAAAAGAAAAAAAAUUGAUCUUAUAUAAACAUAUUUUUUUUCGUUAACAACAAUUUUGUAAAAAUAAUUCUGGAUUACAAUCUACUUACUAUUUUGUAAAAUAACAACAAGAAUCUACUUACUAUGAUAGAA